CAGCCUUAGCUUGUUGGUUAUUUUGAUUAACUCCAUCCACCUAAGUGGAAUAAAUUAAAGAAUGAGUAGACAGGAUGACCAUACAAGUCAGGAACCAAGAAUCAAUGCCCAAUAUGUGGAAAUUCCAUUAUAUUCUUCUUUUGAAACUUCCAAUGGGUUUGUAGGAAACUGAGCAGAAACUCCAUAAAAUAAUUUGCUCCUUUGAAAAGUUGCACAUUGAAAAUUAACAAAGUAGCUAGGACUCGGAAGACAGACCGGGCAUUAUAUUGUUAAAUUCUUAAUUGGAACCUCAUAAGUUUUGAGCUCUAUAGUAAGUAGUCUCUGUUAUCUAUUCAUUGCUUUAAUUUGGUAGAAUUGAAACAGCCAUGCAGCUUUCAUCACAAAGCUCGACAAGUGACGACGAUCUGAGGAGAGGUCCCUGGACUGAAGAAGAAGAUGGACUUCUCAUUCACUACAUUGCCCUUCAUGGCCAAGGCCGAUGGAAUUUGCUGGCCAAGACUGCAGGGUUGAGGAGAAGUGGGAAGAGUUGUAGACUGAGAUGGGUGAAUUAUCUAAAACCAGAUGUUAAAAGAGGAAAUCUCACCCUUGAAGAACAGCUGUUGAUCCUUGAACUCCAUUUAAAGUUGGGCAACAGGUGGUCAAAAAUCGCUGAACAUCUACCGGGCAGAACAGACAAUGAGAUCAAGAACUACUGGAGGACACGGGUGCAGAAACAGGCCAGGAAUCUCAACCUUCAUUCAAACACUGCAGCAUUUCAACAACUGAUUCGCCAUUUCUGGGUUCCCACCCUGCUUCACAAAAUACAUGCAAGAUCCAUUCAACCCCAACCCCAAACCACAACAUCAUAUCAGGAGAAGAAGCCACACUAUAAUAGUAGCCAUCAACCUCUAACAAAUUCCAACACCACUACUGAAUCAACAUACUUUUCCCCUCUCUCACCACUUUCUGAUGAGUGCCCAAGUAUUAAUAAUCCAUUUCAUGGCUAUUAUGGAAUGGAAGCUUUCAGCCCUCCACUUUUCACAGGGUCAGGGGACUGCUUCAUUGAUUAUGAUCAGGUUGGAGAAGGAAACAGUUCAAUGGAUGAUUUUUCUGUUGAUAGCAGCUUGUGGAGCAUGGAUGAAAUUUGGGUAGGAUAAGGGUGGGUGACUAAGCUUAUGCUCAUUCUAGCUUAUUCAAGGCUCUUACAAAACCCACCCUUUGGUUGGGACAACUUUUUUCUUUUUCCUUCAAAUUUCAAUUCCUUGGGUAUUUUAGACUUUUUAAAGGUCAGUCGAGUUCAGCCUCUACUUGAUUCGAGACGGGAUGUUGUGACUUACCAUGGAAGGAUGUAAUUAAAUGGGAUUGGCUAUGCAAUUGGGCUUUAAUUUGUGAUCAAAUGUUGUCGUAGGUGUUGGGCGGGGAAUUGCUAGGCGUUCACCCGGUUAGCCGAGUUCAGCCCCUACUCAAUUCGAGACAUGAUGUUGUGGUGGCAACCAAAUAACCAAAGAGCUCCGUGAUUAAGCGUGUUUGACUUACGAUGACCUACCAAGAAGUAAUCAUAGUGCAACACCGAUAUCCAACAAUAAGAAAUCUUUACCAUUUUUACAAACUAAAAAAUAGAAUAUUAUAUUAAUUUUUUUUCCUAUCCAUUUUCUAUA